AUGAGACCCGUCCAUACCUAUUUUGUGGCAACGACGGUCGUUGGCCUGGCGGUGCUCGUCUACUGGCUCGUUCAGACUAACCAUAGCAUUCGCACCGACAGCAUGACCCCAAUAACCACCCAACCGCACCACUACAACGCCGAGUCUCACCAUCCAACCGAUGGGCCGCUGACGCCCGCCACGGUCGUCGUUGUCGGCGCCGGUCUGGCCGGCCUCGUCGCCUCCAUUGAAGCCUACCGAGCCGGCGCAAUCGUCACGCUGCUGGAGAAGGAGCGGAAUGUCGGAGGCAACAGCGCCAAGGCCACCAGCGGCAUGAACUCGGUCCACAGCGAGGCCCAAGCUGCCCGUGGCAUCCUGGACUCGUAUGAUGCUUUCGAGCACGACACUGUUCGCUCCGGCAAGGGCCUCUCGGACCCUCUGCUCGUCAAGAUCCUCACGUCCGACGCCCCCGAUGCUCUCAAGUUCAUCGAGUCUUUCGGUCUGAAGCUCGACUCGAUCUCCCAGUGCGGCGGCCACUCGUUCCCGCGCACGCAUCGCGAAGGACCUCGCCCCGACGGCAAGCCUGCUCCAGUCGGAUGGGAUAUCAUCAAAGCUCUCAAGGACUACAUCGCCAACAGCGUCCCCAGUGCCAGUGCUGCCGGUGCCGACAAGCCCUCGAUCACAAUCGUCACGAAUGCAAAGAUGCUGGAUCUCAUCGUCACCAGCGACACCGACUCGAAAGAGGUCCAGGGCGUCAAAUACAGCCAAAAGACUCCCGAAGGAGCCGAAGAGAUUCUCGAAAUACGAUCGGAUGCUGUUGUUCUCGCCACUGGAGGCUUCUCCGCGGACGCCAAGAACGAAGACUCGCUCCUGCGCGAGUUCGCCGGCCAUCUCGCCCACCUCCCCACCACCAACGGUCCCUGGGCCACCGGCGACGGCGUCAAGAUCGCCCGACGCCUGGGCGCUGAGCUUGUGGGUCUCGACCAGGUCCAGAUCCAUCCGACGGGCUUUGUGGAUCCCAAGGACCCCGAGAGCGCUGUCAAGUUCCUUGCCCCCGAAGCCCUCAGAGGCCAUGGUGGCAUUCUUAUCCACCCUUUGACCGGCAAGCGCUUUGUCGACGAGCUCUCGACCCGUGCGGUGGUCACCGCUGCCAUCUUCAGCAACUGUGCAGAGGCAAAGAACCACUCGCUGCUGGUGCUGAACCAAGAGGCCGUCGACAGGUUUGAUCCUGCAACCAUCGGCUUUUACACAGCACGCGGCUUCUUCCAAAAGUACCAAGGUGCCGAGGCUCUCGCAACCAGCAAGGGAUUCGAUGUCCGAGAGUUUGAAAACACCCUUGCUUCGUAUGAGGCCGCCUUGACGGCCGGCCGCGACGCAUUCGGCAAGCAUGUCUUUCCCGUCAAGUUCUCUGUCGACGACACCUUGUAUGUCUGCACGGUUACUCCGUCCAUCCACUACACCAUGGGCGGACUGAAGAUCAAUGGUGCGGCCGAGAUUCUGGAUGCGACACCAUACAGCCCCAGCGUCUACCAUCCGCAGCAGCCACGCCCGAUUUACGGGCUGUUUGGUGCCGGCGAAGUGACUGGAGGCGUUCAUGGAGGAAACCGUCUUGCCGGCAACUCUCUUCUUGAAUGCGUUGUGUUUGGCCGAAUCGCUGGCCAGCGCGCCGCUUCGAUCAAAGACCGCGAUGUUCGAGGCUUGAAUCCAAACACAUACAUCCCGCUCCGCCUCCGCAGCUCGCAGCAGCUCGGCGGUCACAUUCGUCUGUUCCGCUUCGAUCUGCCCUCGUACAAUGCGACAUCGGGCAUGGAUGUUGGACAGUACGUCUCUGUUCGCGCCCACAUCAACGACCAGCCCGUCAUCCGAAUGUACUCUCCGUGCAACCGGCCCGAUGAGCGCGGCGCCUUGGAUUUGCUCAUCAAGGUCGACCCGAAGGGCGGCGUGAUGUCCACCUUCAUGAACUCGCUCCGGCCCGGAAGCCUUGAGAUGGAGUUCCAGGGCCCGCACGGAGGCAUCAAGGGCCUCGACAUUGAGAACCGCAGCUCGCCCAUCAAGAAGAUUGGACUGAUCGCUGGCGGAACAGGCAUCGCCCCGAUGCUGCAGAUUAUCCGCUCCAUCUUCCAUCAUCAGCGCGACGACAUCGAGAUCAAUCUGAUCUAUGGUGCUGCCACCCCCGAGGAGCUUGUCUUCCGUGAGCGUCUCGAUGCUGCCGCUAAGAAGCACCCCAACUUCAAAAUAUCGUACACGGUCGACUCGGACCCCGACGCAAAGUGGUCGGGACGGGUCGGCUUUGUGGAUGCCGCCCUGAUUCAGCAGGGCAUGUUCGCUCCCUCUGACGACAUCAAGAUCAUCAUCUGCGGCCCAUGGAAUAUGUGCCAGGCCAUCAAAAAGACUCUACCCACCCUCGGCUACACGAACGACAUGUUCUACAGCUUCAUGUAA